AAAGGCAACCCCUCGCAAAGCCCCUUCCUUGAGUGCCCUUCGAUCGGCGUCCAAUUCACGGGGAGAUGGACCCCCUCUCGGUGCUUCGGGAGUACGCGAUCCGAGGGGAGUUGGACCGGGUGGUCCAGUCCGGCGACGAGCUCCGGUUCGGCUCUGAGUACGCCUUCCCUUGCUCCGCCGUCACUGCCUACCGCUCCAAGCAGGGCGGCUUCUACACCCUCGACGCCCUCCUCUUCUUCGCUCGCCACCACCACCUCAAGCACACCGAAUACCUCCAGUCCGCCCGCCAAUACCGCCUCCCCACCGUCACCUUCCCCGACCGCAAGCCCCUCCUCGAUUACCUCCUCGGCCGCAUCGCCUCCUCUGACGCUGUCUCCUUCCUCCCCCCUCCCCCCUCUGCCACCGUCGAGGAGUACCGCCCUGAUGACCCCUCCCUCCCCCUCGACGAGCCCCCUUCCUCUGCCCCCGCUACAGCCGCCGAUGAGGCCGCUGCGGAUCUCGCUCCCGCCGCCCCCGUCGACUACGUCACGAUGAUCCACGCUCUGGAGCGCCCCCUGAAAGACCGGGAGUCCCUCCUCGAGUGCCGCAACCGCGACUUCCACGCCGUGCUCCUGGCGUCCACCAAGCGCGAGGAGGAGCGGCAGCGCCUCGAGUCCCAACAGCGGAAGGACGGCCUCGUCGCCAAGACCCGCCUCAUCGGGUCAGACGAUCACCAUCGGCCCGUCGUGGCGGCGUACGGCGGUGCCGGUGACGACGCUGCCGACGCCGCCGCGCCCAAACCCAAGAUACACCUCAAGGGGAGCAAGAUCGGGGAGGGGGUGCCCAUCAUCCUGGUGCCCAGCGCGUUCCAGACUCUGAUCACCAUUUACAACGUUAAGGAGUUCUUGGAGGACGGGGUGUUCGUGCCGACGGAUGUAAAGGUGAAGGCAAUGCGGGGGCCAAAACCUGACUGUGUGACCGUGCAGAAGAAGCUGAGCCGGGACCGUGCGGUGGCCGCCUAUGAGGUGAGGGAUAAGCCCUCGGCGUUCAAGCCCGAGGACUGGGACCGUGUUGUGGCCGUGUUUGUGCUCGGAAAGGAGUGGCAGUUCAAGGACUGGCCAUUCAAAGACCAUGUCGAGAUCUUCAACAAGAUUAUUGGGUUUUUUGUGCGUUUCGAGGAUGACAGUGUGGAAUCCGCAAAAACUGUGAAACAGUGGAAUGUAAAGAUUAUUUCGAUUAGUAAACAUAAAAGACAUCAAGACAGGGCUGCUGCUCUGGAGGUGUGGGACCGGUUAGAAGAGUUCAUGCGAUCGCGGUCACAUAACUAAGUGCUUUUUAGUUCCAUGGAACAGUAACCUCUGUACUUUAUUUCUUAGUACACUUGUUUCUGAGUCUCGAGUCCGAGUCCUUUGUUGUAGACUUAAUCCCAAACAAAGCAACUAAUGUUUGUAUAUGAUAAUCAAGUGUAUUACAAUCUCA